AUGUUCAUUUGUUCUUUAUUUAGAGAGUUCAAGAUGAAAUCUUAAAUAAUAAUUCUUGAUAUAAUAAUCUUGUUAUUAGUUUUAAGCGUUUGCGCCUUGGGAAUUUAUAUAGAGGCCUCAAUAUUUUAUUACAUCAGCUUAGAAUCGUCAAAUAUUAUGAUGAAUACUACAGACAUUAAAUAGAUUGAUUGUAUAGGGAAACAAGUAGAAUCUUAUUUAAUCACAAAGCAUUAAAGAAGUAAAAAAUAAUAAAAAUUUAGGCAUUUAACUUAUUGAUAAUAUUGCUUCUUUUUUAUUUUACUUUGCUAACAACUAAGAUAAAUUCAUUGUAAAAGAUAAUUUAGAUCUUUGCCUAACAUAAGAUGAUUACGAAAAAACAAAAUAUAAUAAAAAUAUUCCAUAGUUUUGUUAAUAAAUACACAGCGACUUAUAUGAAUAGAUGAGAAAUAAUAAGAACAUAACUCUAUUAAUCAAGGGACUUACACAACUUGAUUAGUAUUCAUAACUAUUCAAUAUUUAAUUGCCUAAUUUUUUAUAAGUGGUAGACAUAAGUUCAAUAAUAUUUGAUUCAUUAUAUCCAGCAGGAUUAUUAGUUAAAGAUUAUAACCCCUAAGAAAGAAUAUGGUAUAAUUAAUUAUAUAUUUAGGUAUAAAAAUCAUAUGGAAUAAGUUAAUAUAACAUAAAAUGAGUUUUUUUUUUUUACAGAUGUUUAUUAGAUUAUGUACGGUACUUAAUAAUAUAGUUUUUCAAUUACUCAAUCAUUAUUCAAUAAUUAAAGAGAAUUUUUUGGAAUUUUGAAAACAGUAUUAUUUAUAACCGACCCAUAUCUACAAAAAAUAAAAUUUAAUGUUUUAUUAAUAAACUCUUAAGGUUAAGUUAUGUAUAAUGGUUUGGAAAAUUAAACAAAUGAUAUGGAAAUUUUGUACAUUUAUAAUGAAACAAAAACUGGUUUCAAUUUAAAUGAUUGGAAGGAAAUUGAAUAUAAAGCAAAUUAAGAUUAAUCACUUUAAUCUAAAACAAAUGAAGGUUCUUUAUUGACACUAUAUAAUAAAGUGUAUGAGUAAUUCGUAAAUUUAAAAUGCAAGAAAUUUAAAAAAGAAAAUUUAACUCUGAUUUUGUAAUGUUUAUUUUAUAAUAAAAUAGAUUUACAAAUCUUACGGCUUAAUAUAUUUUAGAACAAAAAAUUUUAGAUAAUUAAAGUGUAUUUUUACUUUAAUAUGGGUUUGCUGUUCUUAUAAUAUUUGGUUUAGCUAUAAUCUUAUUUUGUUUAAGUCUUAUAUUUAUCAAUUUAAUUUGUAAACCAAUCGUAAAUUUGAGGUAAAAAAUCUCAUAACAUGUAAUGGAAAUAGGAAAUAAUACAGAUAAAAUGAUGUUUAAAAUUCAUUAAAAGAAAAAUAAUAAUGCUGAUCUUAUUAAUAAGUUAAAUGAAAUGUUUAUGAAUAUAUCAGAUACUUUGAAAUUAAACUCAAAUAAGAAGACCGAAUAAUGCAGACUUAUUGAAAAAAUGUAUUAUAAUAGAAGAAAUUAAAAAGAAUCAUGUGAGAAGUUGAAUUAAUAGAUUCGUUUGUUACCUGAUUAUAACUCAAAAAAUUUUGAUUUCAAUGAAUUUAAUGAAGAAAUUUUGAAAUUACUAAUGAAUUGCACAAAUACUUAAUUAUGA